CCUACUGGUCAGUUCCACAGCCUGUCGAAGGACUUCCUUCUGUGUUCACACAAGGCAGCCUGCAGCCCACUGUGCACAGACCAGAGCAGAUUGCCCGCUCUCUGUGAAACCCUGCACCAGGAUUCUGUGCCCGUCUGCCAUGCAGCUCCUCCUAGCCUUGGUGUUUCUGUUGCAGCUUGUUCCUGCAGAAGCACUGCAGCCUCCAGAAAUCUGUUACGUGUUGGAUGCUGUCCUCUUUGCCUAUGGAAUUGUGCUAACAGCUCUCUACUGCCGUCUUAAGCUACAGAUGCGCAAAAAUGAAACAGCCACAGGAUCGGUAUAUGAGGAAAUCCAUGCCAAUCAGAAGGACAUUUAUCACGAAAUAAAGCCAGGGAAAAUGGAAACACAGAAGGAAAAGCCGAAAGAAGAAGGAAUCUACACAGUAAGAGUUGUCACUAUACAGUGCCCUGAGAUACUGAUUCCUGGUGUCCAACGCGGAGGUGGCUUGAAACGAGAGUGUUACCACGAACGAGCCGUGGAUGUUUUCAGAGGUUGGCACAUAUUGGACGCCAAUGUCUGGGAAUGUUGCCGGAGAGUGCCUUGA